AUGGCAUCUCCCAAAGCCGAACCUCCAGACGAUGAAAGCCAGCUUCCAACACAAGCCCGGAGAGAAUUCGGUGCGAGUAAUACCCCGCGACGUGGCCCUGCUUCCAAGCGCAAUGCCACGAACACUCCAAAUGCGCCUACCACACCUAUCGGGAGGACGUCUGCCCUGAAUAACAAGCGCAUACCCACAUCAGCACCAGCCCGCACGAAGCCCGGCACCAGGAAAGCAGAGCCUACGCUCCUCGGAGAUUUCCUACUUGGAAGACCCAGUCCAGCUCGUACAAGGAGGAAAAGUCUCGAUGUUGUCAAGGCCGAAAUGCGAGAAGAUGUUGUGGGGAAGGUGCAGGCGCCUGGUGGAGUGAAGGACCGAGUGAAGCAGUGGCAGAAGACGAGUGCGGCUGCCGUUGUAGCUGACCCUCUUGCGGAUGCUGCAAGCCAGCCGGAUGAUAUAGGUGGCUGGGAGAAUGAAGACGAUGAGAGUGUUGAUGAGCGGGAGCGACAGAGGAUUAAGUUUCGGGCGGCCAGGCGGCCGAGCGGGAGGAGAAAAAGCAAGGACGGAGUAGAGAGUGUCCCCAAACAGAACGCUGUUGCUCCGAAAAAAAGGGUGAUAAGUGAUUCGCAUUGGAUGAAAAAUAAGAAGAAAAGUCCAUUGGGGAAAGGAACUGCAAUUCCGAAGGAUUUCCUGAAGACGACGGCUAUAAACCCUCCACUAGAAAAGAAAAUUGAGGACUGGGUCAAACGGACAGAAGGCGAAGAGCCCGUAACUCAAAAGCCAAAGGAUAAGCCACGAAAUCGAAAUACUCCCAGAAAAUAUACCAUGGAUGACGGAAUUCGAGUGGCGCCUUCGAGUACAACUUCUCGGGAAGAUGGAAUCCGGGUGACUCCUUCAAAACAUCAUGAAGAAUCCCAGCCUAAUAGCUAUGAGGAUGAUGGUAUUCGAAUCACGCCUUCCAAUGGUCUAGCAAAGGAGGGUUCCCGUAAUGAAGGCGCGAAAGAUGGCAGCAUUCGGCUUACACCUUCAAAACAAGAUUCCCAGGACGAUAGCAUCCGGAUAACGCCUUCCAAAGAGAGCUUGGUGGAGGAUGGCGUUCGGGCUAGGCCUGUACGGAAGGAUACAAAUAAGAGGAGACCUAACCAGUCUGGUUUGGAAGAUGCUCUGUCAAGAAAGAGCCGCGGCAAGAACUUGAAUGCUGGCUCUGGGUCGAAGAGCAAACGCAUGGCCAAUUCUCAGACGGCGGUAGAACAUGGCGAGGAGGACGAGGAUAAGUUCUCUUGGAUGACACCGAGCCCGCCUGAGAAUUCCAAGCGCCGAAACCGAAAUUCGCGGACCCCUCCCGAAUCACUCGCUGAUAUACCGUUCGGAAAUUCUGCUUUCAGUGUUCUAGAAUUGCCGCUUGGUGCUGAAGCUGGCACAAUGAAGCGGCCCCCUCCAAAACGGAAUCCUAGCUUUGCGGGUGUACCAAAGGCGUUGAAGAAAGUAUUCAACGAAGGCAUGAAGAUCGCUCAUGAUACAGUUGAACCACCUCGAGGUGGGAUAAACCAACCACCGAGCAUCGAGUCUUGGUUGAAUAAUACCUCUGAUCCUUUUGUUGACCACUCAAGCUCACCGGCACCUUCAUCCCUAGAUGUUCCAGAAUCCGGAUGCUCUCGGAAGCCGAGCUUCAAGCAGGAUGAUCCGUCUGAGAAAGCGCUUACCGCUGACCACAAUUCCGAACAAAACGACGAAAGACGAAACCCCCGUUCCCGUAGCAUUCAUGAGCCCGAGGCAGGUACUCCCGAAAAGGCAUCGCCCGUUGGGAACCCGAAGACCCGUCAACAUCUUCCGAGUAUGGUGAAGUCCCAACCAAUGGCCCCUACUGGCCUGAAAAGAAGCCCAGCGGCUCGAAAUACGUCGUCGCCGAAGGCCAAGAAGCUGCCUCUCAAAGACGCGUUCAUUGAUGCUUUCAGGGGCGAGUCAACAACCUCACGUCCAAGAAGUGGCUCCAACCCAUUUGUUGACAUCACUGGCCUUCGAGAAAGGGAUGUCAAUAGCGAUCUUCCGCAUGCUUCAGAUGUCAAGCCUAGCCAUGACUCUCGUGAUACAUCUCAAGACACCCCUAGUAAACGCAGUCCGCGAGCCCAUCAAAAGAAGGAUGUUGAGGACCACCGGUUAGAAAAGCCAUUGGCACCGCCCGAGAGAAGGUCUGCUCCAAUGACUGGCAUGCAUAGGUUAUCGACAAUUUUAUCUGUUGAGACUCUUAGCACAUCAUCAUCAAAAACAGAGUCAGCGUCAGAACUCUCGCAAACCACUGUAACCCAGGACACAGUCUACACUGGAACCACAAUGUCGAGCCUGUCACGUAGCAGUCAAAGAAGCAAUAAACAAGGACUGAAGAGGCGACUAACAAAGCAUUCAGAUCUAGUCUCCAUGCUGUCUCUACCGGAUGCUGUCGAACCAGGAAGAGCAAAGAGCAUAAAGUCUGCUCGCAGUAUUCGUACGACAAGGACUCAUCUUGAUACGGCCACCGUGCAAGAUCUUAUGCGAGAAUUGGCCGAGGAUGAGGUUAAAUAUAUGCGAGAGUUGAAAACCUUGGUCGACGGGGUGAUCCCCGUGUUAUUGACGUGCCUCCUCUCAAAAUCCGACUCAGCGAUUGCCGCAGGGCUGCUUGACCCCAACCACGAUAUAUCUGACGCCGCUUCAUUCACAAAGCCCAUCGUUGAUAUGGGCGUUGCUCUUGAAAGACUAAAAAGCUUACACAAACGCAUUCCGCUCACUGACGCCGAUGCCUUUAUCACUUGGGCUCACACCGCACAUAAAACAUAUGAAGACUAUCUUGCUACUUGGCGGGCUGGUUUUAACGACGUCGUGGUCAAUCUUGCGCCAGCAUCACCUUCCGCGUCUGCACAAGAGCAAUUAGAUCUUGACGAUAUCCCAAGAAAUAUGGAUGGAGAUGCUCUUGGCUCGAAUGGUGAGCGCGCGGAUGUUGCUUACUUUUUGAAGAGGCCGCUGGUUAGAGUCAAAUAUCUGAGCAGAACGACAAAGGGAUUGAGCAAGUUAAUGGAUUCAGAUAUGGCUCGGAAGGUCGAAGAGAAAUAUAGAAAGCUCACUCAAGUGGCUCGACGUCGGCACAAAGAAGAGCAGGCGAGACUUGAGAAUGAAAAGGCUAAUAACACUGAUACCACGAGAGCUCGAGACCCGAGAACCUUGGAUCUCGUUGAGGGCAUAAAUAUCGAUCGAUCUAGGCAAGUCUGCGCAAAGGACUUGUUCUCCUUGGAUCUCCAGCACUCCAGUGGACAACGUCUCGGCUGCCGUGUCGAAUUGAUAUUGCGCGACAAGCCCAAUGAUACAGGCGAUCUCCUAAUCUGCGAGGCCGACGAAGCGGCACGGUUUCUUCUAUUUCCUCCGAUCUCGCAAGAUCUAGUAUCAGCUCGGCUCGGUGAGACUACUGAUCAGGUCGUUGUCAUGAUCAGGGGUAUCAGAGGAGUUGAUGAAUGGGAUGAGCUCCUGCUCCUCGAGGCUGAAUUUCCCGAGGCUGCCAAAGAGUGGAUUGAAAUGUUAGGCACAGAACCUGCUCCUCCUGAAGUUAGGAAGGAUGCCACUUACAUCGAUCCGCUUGAUUUACUAGUUUCAACUAUUACAGGUACAAAGGAACCGAAGAGCUACUACAUGUCAGGAGCUCUUGAUCUACAGGACCCCCAGAUUCCCAUUGGAGAAAGCAUCAGACGAGAGGCUGAACAGAUUGAAAGCUCUCCAAUACAGGACCGACAACGGGUAUCUAGACGACAGGCAGGGACGUCCAACUCCAUGCCGGAAUCCAUCAAAGAAGAGUCAAUUAUUAGCGAAGAUAUUAAAGAUCUUAACGAUGCGAUGAACAAAGCUGGAUCCCCUACAACUUUACCGCAGCGGCAGAGAGCUGCCAGAUACCAUGGCCGAGUCAAUAACUCGCGGCCUACAACACCUCAAUCUGACCCAGUUGACAGUGACUCGGAGCAGACCACACCUACACAGGCCCGACACGCAGGAAAUAACACGAAUGACCUUGACUUCUCUCCUAUGGACGAGCUUUCCAUUCCCAAGAGGCGUACUCCAUCCACUACUCCUACUCGGGAUGACGGUGCGCCCCCGCCUCCAGCUCACAGAACGCCAACAACUCCGUCCACACUGAAGAAGGCACCAAUUCUUGAUACACCUACUCCCCGAGCAAACAAUCGACGUACAUCGUCCCCUCUAAAGCAUGAAUACCAGCUCUCCAAUGCAUCUGGGACUUCUUCUGCGGAAGAAGAUUCUGAUUCUCAAGAUAGUGACACAUAUACCGAGUCAUCCUCCGAGGAAGAACUUGAAGCUGCUGAUGUUCCCGGACCAUUGCCUAUAUAUGGAAGACGUGUAUCGCCUUCUGGCUCUAUCUACAGUCUCCCAAAUACAACACUAGCCCCGUCAAACUCUGCUUCUCAAGCCCCAUAUCGCCAGGCUCCGCUUGAAUGCUCAGCAAAGGAUACAGAUAAGCAUACGGUUAUGAGCAUCUCCUAUUGGAAUGACAAAGGCAAAUGGAUCGAUAUACAGUCUAGUCCUUGUUCCGUUGUUGUAGGUCCUGGAUGGGUCCGGGCAUUUAACCUGGACGAAUCCCCUCCUACUAUCUCUCCUGGCGCAACCCCCCCUUCUAGCACUUCGGAUGGGACCGAGGAUGACAGCAGAGUGGCACCAAGACCUCUAGUGGCGCAAGAACUUACACCAAACGUGCCUAUGCAAAGACAUAUGAUUGAUAUUCACGUCCGUUCGCCCUUAAUGACAGAAUCCACCCUAAAGUGCAAGGGCAUUAUGAUCAGAUACCAUGUCCUCACGCCCAUUGACUGUAUUCGCCUUUACCAAGCGCUGUACGAAUCAAGCAAGAACAACAUGGUUUAUAAUAAACUAGAGGAGGAGCGUAGGGUCAAUGCUUUUGGGAGUCAGCCACUCGCCACGAAGAACCGAAGGGGAAGCUGGUUUGGUCGCAGGAAUAGCUACCGUGCUUCAGCCCGUGCCCCAUCCGAGAUGGCCUCCGAACAGAGCGGAAAGUCUUCUUCGUCUAGACUCUCGGCCCUUAAACAACGAUGGAGAGGCGGAAAUGCAUUUAACAUCGCUAAAUCCUCUGUUAAUGUUGCACAGCGCGGGAAUGGGGAUGGAUCCGGGUCGACCAGCCUCUAUUCCUCGGAUGCUGGACUCACCCCCCCUCGAACGCCUAUUAGCGGCAGUCUGUUUUCCGGCACAACCACUUCACAAAUGAUCGACCUGGGAUCUGAAAAUAUCAAGAUCAGGCUUUAUGAGCUAGCAACACAGAGCAGAUGGGAGGACUAUCAUUGCGCAUUUUUGACUGUUACUCCUCCACCUCCAGGUCGACGUCAGGUAUCAACAUUGCAUCACGGACUCGAGAAACAUGUCAUUGUCACCCGUAGGCCGCACAACCAUCCCGACGGCCCUGGCCAAAUACUAGUUGAUGAAGUCCUAGGCGCCGGAUGCUUUAAGAUGCUCGGUGUCAAGGGCGUACUGUGCACCAUCUGGCUGGAUAUCCGCGGACCGAAUGGAGAGGUGGGUAUGAUAGGCGCAAGGGGAGGUGUUUCCGGCAGGCAGCGAAAAGUCUUGUUUCAGACAAACCAUGUUGCGCACGCCAACUGGAUCUUUAAUCUUCUUGCUGCUGGCCAUUAA